AUGCCGGCAGCUGGAGCAGCAGCAGCACCAGCAGCAGCGGCAGUGGCAGUGACAGCGGCACGCUGGGGGGCGCGCGCACGUUCGACACCGCGCCGCGCGCCCCGCCCCGUGGCGUCCGCUGCACCAGUGGCGCCCCUUGAGACGGCCGCUGCCACCGCCGCGGCCCCGCUCACCGCCGCCGCGGAAUCGCGGGGCGAUCUCGCCGCCGCCGCCGCCGCCGACGAAGGCAGCAACUUGCUGCAAGUGACGGUCCGCCCCGUGUCGGGCCUGCUGGAGCUGCGCCAGGUGGCGCGCCUGCGCGCAGAGGCUUACUAUGCCGACGACCGCAGCCGCUUCGCCGAGAGCUUCAAGCGCCAGUUUGCCAGCCAGGAGGUGGACAGCCUGCAGCACCGCACCGCCCCCCGCGGCCCCGGCCGCGCGCCGCAGUGCGACUGUCUCGUCGCCGUCGACGGCGCCGGCCUCGUGGCCGGCUGCAUCGACGUGCGCGUGCCGCAGGCGGAGACGGGGCUGCCGGCCAGCGGCGUGCCGGCGGGGGAGCCGCGCGGCGCAUACAUCCUCAACGUGGUGGUGGCGGAGCACCAGCGCGGCCGCGGCGUGGGGCGGCAGCUGAUGCGCGCGGCGAUGGCGCGCGCGGUGCGGGUGUGGGGUGCGACGCGGCUGUUCACGCACGUGGAGGCGGGCAACGACGUCGCGUCAGGGCUCUACCGCGGCUGCGGGUUCUCAGAGCACAGCGGCAGCGGCGCGCUGGAGGGCGCGACCACGCUGGGCCGCCUGCUGCUGCUAGUGGCGGAGGGCGAUGCCGUGGACACCAGCGUGCCCAGCGGCGACGACCCUGCCCCCGCACCAGCGGCCUGA